UCCGUAGCUGCUGGAGAGGAACAUACUGUAUUUAGGAGUCCCCUGAGUUACAGAACAUUGCCUGCGGCCACUGUGUGUAAUUGCUGGCAGUACUCUAUGAUCUGCCCGGUGUGCUCUCGGUGUAGACAGUGAAAGAGUUAAGUGACAGUACUACAGAGCGAUGCGAGAGGCUACAGUAUCGGUCUCCAGCAAUCCACUUCCUCUCCAGUGUUAUACAGGAACCCAGCAACUUCCCUGCAAGGCACAGGUCUCCCCCAACUUCUGGCGCAGGCCCCCAGACGCUGACGCUGGAAACCGAGCAGCUGACACUCAGCACAGCUGGCAACCAUCGGUAAUCUCCUCACAGAAGGGACCGUUUAUAAUGAAUCUCCUGUUUCUCGCGUCCGUCAUAUUGUGCCCAGACAUUGUGGGACACGCUGAUGAUUUCCCAGAUCACUGUGAUGCGGAAGAUGGCGGUUAUAUAGCUGCUCCAAAGAGUCGCGCUGGAAAGAAAAGCAAUACAGCAACACAGACACCGCUCCAGACCAACAGCUUGUGGCCGAAGAUGGAGUGCAAUCUGCUGAAUCUGGACUUAGUACCUAACGCGUUUGAUGACCAGUACAAGGGGUGCUCAGAAAUAAUGGAGACAGACGUCAUGCCUAAAGUCCUAACUCAGGAGAAGGCCUUGAGCUCUGUGUUUAACACGGCGUGGAAUUGCGCCUCGGUGCAGUGGAACAAGGUGAAAGCAACCGUACAUCUUCCUAGCGAAUUUAGGGAUGAAUUUGGGAUAGCAAUCGCUGUCUACACCACAGACUGGCCGAAAGACAACCCAAUCUAUAAAGUAUUUAAUGGGAACGUCAGUCUGGCUGGAAGAUCUAGAGGAUACUACAUGCAGAACUUCCACUUUAAGGCACUGCACUUCUAUCUGACGAGAGCUCUGCAGGUGCUGAAGAAGAACUCUAGAAGACGGCACCGUGUCUACAGGGGGACGGAGGACUCUUACCACGUGUCAGAAGCCGUCUUGAGGUUCGGGAGGUUCACAUCCUCCUCGCUGGACAUAGAAGUAGCGAAAGAAUAUUACGAAGGAUUGUUCUUCAACAUCACAACUUGCUUUGGUGUCAACAUCCACAAAAUCUCUUCCUUCCCCAAAGAGCGGGAGAUCUUGAUCCCUGUGGCGGAGAAGUUCCAUUAUGUGGGGAAAGAAGGGAACAUUUAUAUCCUGAACAGCACUUGUGAGCUGUGCAGCUACUUCAACUGCGCUUAUUUAGGAGAGGAAAAGCGCAGCGUUCCGGAAUGCAGUACCGCUAUCUGAAGAGACUGUUCCACCUUGGACCUGGUGAGUUGUCCACACUGCUCUCUGCUGGCCAGUACAAGUUCUGUGUAUACUGCAGUAUGACUCUGGGACCAGAUACGUGGAUGAGUCCUCCGGAUCCUGAUAUCUCAGAAACAGAUGAGACUUGGCUUCAUAGCUGUACCCCCCUCCCAGUGCAACCAGACCACCAGGGACAGAGCAGAAUCACUUUCUCCGACCAGUGCUGGAUUUACUAUAGUGCAACAUUGGUGGUCAUCCAGGGGGCACCGCAUCACCAGCAUUAAGGCACUGUGAUAUAAUGUGAACUGAGGGUUCUGUGGGGGCAUGAAGUGAACUGGGGGCACUUCACUGUGCGGCUCAAAACAUUUGCGGUGCUGGGAGUAGUUACACGUUGUACUUUCUUCAUAACAUCACCAGAAUAUCAUACUGUAAAUUUUAUUGGCAGGGUCCCAAGUUAGUUGCCCCGAGACCCCCACAAACCUUACUCCUGAUUUAUAUGCUGUGAGUUUCCCGUCCUGAGUGUCGGACGGCAGGCGGGAAGAGAAGACAAAGCUGAUAUUUAGCAAUUUAACAGGAGAUGGUAACACCAUAAGGAUUCAUCAGGAGUGCAAAGAAGAGUAACGCUAUACUGAAAGCUGGACUCUGUACUGUACGCUGGUCACUAAGGCCUGAAUUUACCAGGGAUUGGGCUGCAUACUGUACACCAGUCACCAGGGAUUGGGCUGCAUACUGUACACUGGUCACCAGGGAUUGGGCUGCAUACUGUACACUGGUCACCAGGGAUUGGGCUGCAUACUGUACACUGGUCACCAGGGAUUGGGCUGCAUACUGUACACUGGUCACCAGGGAUUGGGCUGCAUACUGUACACUGGUCACCAGGGAUUGGGCUGCAUACUGUACACCGGUCACCAGGGAUUGGGCUGCAUACUGUACACUGGUCACCAGGGAUUGGGCUGCAUACUGUACACUGGUCACCAGGGAUUGGGCUGCAUACUGUACACCGGUCACCAGGGAUUGGGCUGCAUACUGUACACUGGUCACCAGGGAUUGGGCUGCAUACUGUACACUGGUCACCAGGGAUUGGGCUGCAUACUGUACACGGGUCACCAAGGAUUGGGCUGCAUACUCUACACUGGUCACCAGGGAUUGGGCUGCAUACUGUACACGGGUCACCAGAGAUUGGGCUGCAUACUGUACACUGGUCACCAGGGAUUGGGCUGCAUACUGUACACUGGUCACCAGGGAUUGGGCUGCAUAGUGUACACUGGUCACCAGGGAUUGGGCUGUAUACAGUACACCGGUCACCAGGGAUUGGGCUGCAUACUGUACACCGGUCACCAGGGAUUGGGCUGCAUAGUGUACACUGGUCACCAGGGAUUGGGCUGUAUACUGUACACUGGUCACCAGGGAUUGGGCUGUAUACUGUACACUGGUCACCAGGGAUUGGGCUGCAUACUGUACACUGGUCACCAGGGAUUGGGCUGUAUACUGUACACCGGUAACCAGGGAUUGGGCUGCAUACUGUACACUGGUCACCAGGGAUUGGGCUGCAUACUGUACACUGGUCACCAGGGAUUGGGCUGCAUACUGUACACCGGUCACCAGGGAUUGGGCUGCAUACUGUACACUGGUCACCAGGUAUUGGGCUGUAUACUGUACACUAGUUACCAGGUAUUGGGCUGUAUACUGUACACUGGUCACCAGGGAUUGGGCUGCAUACUGUACACUGGUCACCAGGUAUUGGGCUGUAUACUGUACACUAGUUACCAGGUAUUGGGCUGUAUACUGUACACUGGUCACCAGGGAUUGGGCUGUGUACUGUACACUGGUCACAUAGGAUUGGGCGACAUACUGAACACUGGUCACCAGGGACUGGACUCCAUACUGUACGCUGAUCACCAAGGACUAUAUUUACCAGGGAUUGGGCUGUGUACUGUACACCAGUCACUAAGGACUGGACUCACCAGGGAUUGGGGUGUAUGCUGUACACUGGUCACCAGGGAUUGGGCUGUGUACUGUACACCAGUCACUAAGGACUGGACUCACCAGGGAUUGGAGUGUAUGCUGUACACUGAUUACCAGGGAUUGGGGUAAUUGCUGUGCACUGAUCACCAGGGAUUGGGGUAAUUGCUGUGCACUGAUCACCAGGGAUUGUCCUGUAUACUGUUCACUGAUCACCAGGGAUUGUGCUAACCUAUAUAUGAAUAACAGUACAUAAUUUCAUGAGUGUGAUAGCGACAUGAAAGAUGACAUGAUCAACUAUAAAACUAGUGAUUCUUAAAUCGCACGUCAAUUGUGAAUAGACUUCAUAUAUAUUUCUAGAAUUUUUGGAGCCCUUAGGUAUUAUAGAAAUACUAGUUUUCUAUCAAAAUAGAUAACAUAUUGUUAUGCUGUUUGAUUCUGUUUAUAAUAUGAGUUAUUUUUUAGGCAUAUUGCUGAUUGUUUACCACCUGCUGUGUUAGGAACCAGGCACUCACCCUCACUUCAUUUACAUGCAGCACCAGACAAAAGGCUUUGUUUGGGAAUGUCCGGUCAGUUAAUUGUAGUUUCCUGUUGACAGAAUUCCAUAAUUGAAUGUACAUUGUAAUUGAUACUACACUAGAACCCUUCUCAGGUUUCUGAGUGGAAUUAACAUCCUAUUAAUCUGUGUGUGGCAGACGUAUAACCUAACAUCAAAAGAAAAACACAACUCGCAAUAUGUUGUAAUAUGCACAUAUCUCAACACAGAUCUUGUCUCUGUUAUCUGAUGCCAUGUCUGUGGCAUCAAUAAUUCUGAUCCCUCCACUGUAGGGAUAGUGAAAGCCGUUUCUGUUCACCAGAAUGGCAUCCUCUUGGAUACACUAUCCUGACAGGGGUUGCUUAAUAAAAGCUUCAUCUCUUACUGGGGCUGAGUCACACGCUGCUGCAGCCAUUUUAACAUAUUUUGCUGUAGUCCCGUCCGCAACUUUAUACUCACGCUAACAUCAGCCCUUCCACCGGUGUACAUCCUGGCACAAUCAUCUAGUUUGAUGCAUCUUUAUACACCACCAUUAGUUGCACCAUGGCAACUUGCAGCAAACCCAUGAUACAUGCAGAUUAUCCGUUAACGUAUGGCCUCCUUUACAGGGGAUUAAACGGCUGAGUUUACAAUCAGUCAGACCACCCCCUCAUGACACUCCCAUAGGACUGUGCAACUGUGUAGUGAGAUUUACUAAGCUCCAGAACACAUGCAGAUCAUUGCAGAACUUGGCCUCAGUAGCUAACUCCUAUAGCUUACAGAUGGCACAAUUUCCCAGGAGAGGGAUCAGUAGGUUGCUCGUACCUGCGCAGUCUGAUGACAACACAUGCGCAGUAGCUCCGGGGUCCUGAAGUGGAAAGUACAGAGAUCAUAUCAGUGUUCGCUGGUACAGAAUGCAGGGACGGGCUCCGAUUCCUGUGUGUGUUUCUUCAUACGUCCCGAUGAUACAUCACUACUUAUUGCCGCAAUAAGCACCUGCCAUCAGUCAGCAGUUGGUUAACGAGUCGACUUGUUAAAAUUCAACAUGUUUUUCCCCUGAUGCAAAGUUACUGCCCUUUUAUUUGUUUUGCUCUCAAAUCAGAAUCAGCUGCAUAAUGAAGGGGGGUAAAAAGGUAAAAGUCAGUAUUCAGCGACCAUGAUCUAACGUGACGAUUACUGAGGGACUAAUAGUCCAGAGGGACUAAACAUCCAAAGCAGGAUCUACAAAUUGAUUACAAAGGAAUAGGGAGUAUAGGGAUUUUGGCUCAGGUAAAGGAGUAGGCACUAGGCGGCACUCAUGUUGCACAGUGGCCAGUGAUAAGACCUCCCUCUGUUAGAUAGGUAAAUAGAUGUUGGUCAAAAAAUUUUUGUGAAGAAGUCCUUCGUGGCACUUCUAGUUAGACGGUUGCUGCCUUCUCAGUCCACUAAUGAACCUAUCCCAGAGGGUUCGAAGAUUAUAGAGAAAAGAUCUGUGGUUGUGUGGACUAGAUGGCGUUCAAGUGGUGAAGGUGAUAC